AUGGUGGGAGAGCAACACCUUCCGUUUGUCCUUUACGCAAUUUUUACUGCUGUGCUUCUUAGUGAAGGAAGUCAAGGUAUAUUGGAUAUUUUUUUGUUUAUUAAGAAUAUGCACUCACACAUGCUAAUAGUUGUCGGCAAUUUUCUUUGGCAAAAUAAUGUGGAAGUUUCAUUUCGAGUAAGGUAGAAGGCAUUGGAGGUGGGGCACGCACGGAAAUAGGAAGGUCCUGAAUCAUUAUAGAAACGCGCCCAUUCAAAAACGUCGAUCGUGAAAAUGCAAAUAAGUGAAAAAUGACGUUAAUUUGGUGUCAAUCGAGAAAUCCCCUGGGUAUUUCCCUUUCCUGGUUAUUGUUCCUGCUCAGAGAUCCGCAACAUUUGCCUAUUCUUCGAUGAAUAGAACUUCACGCGACUAACAAUAGCUCAGUCUGUUUAAAAACUGUCUAAAUUUAUUCCGAAUUAGCAUGUGACUUUUUGCUGUUAAACGCUUCAAAAUUGAAACUCAACUUAUACUCAAACGUUAAGGACUCUAGCUACGCUCAGUGCGUGUAACCUUUCAUAAAUCCACCAAAUGCAAUAGCCCAGAGGUAGUAGGAGGCUAUUUUAGCCUAAAAAUUUGUUAUUCUUUUACAGAAGUCAUUUUCAAAGCUGGAAAAAUCAAUACAACUACCAGGAACCCAGGGUUGUUCGCGUGUGAGAAAAUCACAUUCGCUAAACCGUUCUCUGGUGGAAAGCAAGUGAAAGUGUUUGCCUCGUCUGGACACUCAGUAAACAGCCAAACCCGUGGUAAUGGUGCUGCUAUUUGGGUGGAAUCAGUAGACAGAACUCAAUUCCGGGCUUGCAUCUACGAGUACAGCAACGGCUCAAAUACAACUGCUGAGAUAAACUGGAUUGCCCUACAAUCUGCCCCUCCGAAGGCACAGCUAGGAACUACUUCCUUGGAAUCUUGGACUACCGGAACAGAAUGUAAGAAGAUCUACUUUCCUCAGGUUAGUUUAAUUUUGAAAAUAAUAUGUUCACUGUGCAAAGUAACUGUGAUUGAUUGCAAAAAGGAAGAAUCCAGAACGGUCAGACAAAGUGGUUUUGGAAGAUGAGCACAAUAACGAUAUGCAUAACGUUACUACUCAUUUGGAGAAAAUUUCUAUUAAUCAUAGUCUGGAAAUGUAUCAUUUCUUCGAGUUCUCAGAAAGAUGUAUACUAAAAGAGAGUUUUUCCUAUGAUAAAACCAUUGAAUGAACAAGUUCAGUUUGUUAAUGCAUCCUUCUCCCUUUUUCUUUUGCUGCAUUUUUAUUGUUUGUUUUUGGGACGCCCAGUGUUACGGCUAAGUCAUACGCGCAGUUGAAUGUAUUAAAGGAGAAGGUAGGAUAAGUUGUUUUGAUUCGCCAAUUAAAAGUUGAUUGUUGGUGUGGUUCCCUGCUAAUCGCACUCGGCCUUUGCCACACAAAUGGAACUUUCAUCUUGCCGUUGAACAGCCAAAUCCGAUUUCGUUUUGCAGUAAAGGACAUUCUUGGAUUCCUGACAGAUGACACUCUAAAAUAAUAUUAUUGUCAAACAUUUUCUUUGGCUCAAACGCAAAGAACAUAUUAAUGCGUACCUCCUUUGAUGUUGAAAAACGUUGUCCUGACCCUUCAUCAUGCAAUUAUUUGUUCAAACGCUGGACGUGUGUUCACUUCUGUAGAAUCAUUUUCCUAUCCGACAGAACUUCUUUAACAUUAUAUAACAGACACAUAAUGAUCGAUUUGCAACGCAUUUGAAUAAAGAAAUAUUAAGCACAAAUAAUCUUUUGGUUGACACUACGCUCUAAGUUGAUCGAUUUUUUUUUUAUGCGUGGAAUAACCUACUAAUCCGUGCAAUUACCAAUUCACGAACUUUCGCAAUGACAAUACGAGCCACAAAGAAAGCGAAAACUCGUGUAACACCUUUCCCUGCCCCCUCCAACCAUAAGACGUUUGCACGGUUAUGUAGGACUCCAGGGUGUAUUAAACUUAACCAGCCAACCUUUCAACACCAACCCCCACUAUUCCGAAGAGUGAUGUGCUCUUCAUAAAAUACACUUAUACCUACCCAUAUAAUCCGUCAUACACUGACACUUGCAUUCACAUACAACAAGUCUUAAAUAUAAGCAAUGAAACAUUGGCCUUUAUAAUGGUAAAGUUAGUUUCCCAUUGCUAUCUAAUCUAUUAGUUUAUAAAACAAUAACACGGAACGCAUCAAGCAUUGUUUAAAUUGUUGUAAAUUUUCAGUUAAAAUGAACUUAAUUUAGAAAUAUUAAGUUGGCAAAACAAAGAGAUUUGGCAGUCAGUCACCGUGUAUGAUUUAUUAUCUUUGGCGUUUCCUUUGUUAAAGAAUUUGAUAACGUUGUUCUUCAAACGCGGUGUGCGUGCCGGUACCAAACGGAAAUACAUUCUAGCUCUCAUUUUUUUUUUUUUUUGGUCACUUUCCUCUGUCUAGAAUUUUCAGUGCUCUUUUAUUUGUAAUUCAGCAAAAUUUUUCUCCUUAUUUUUAGCACUAUAAUAAUAGUAUACUAUUAUUAUUAUUAUUAUUGUUAUAGUAAUAUUAUUACUUGUUCAAUUUUAACUAAUCCUUUUUUCUUUUUCUUUUUCUUUUUCUUUUUUUUAAUUUAAAGCGUUUUUUGACCUCUCCAACUUUACUUGCAACUCCAAGUCACCAGUUUCCUGAGAGACCUCAAGACGCCAUGGCAGUCUGGGUGGAGGAGUUGACCGAAGACAGUUUCAAAAUAUGCCUCAGGGAAGUAAAGAUUUUCGACGGACUUCACAAAGGCAUUGCUAUUGUGAGCUUGAAAUUUUACAUUGCUUUUCAAAGAUCUUUUAAGAUUUCCAUUCAAUUAUUUUUUCUGCAAUGAGCUGCCCAAAGACGCUUAUUUGCUCUUAAGCUUAUCAUAAUCACAAGAAAAAUGGUCGAAGUUAUCAUAGAUUUGUAAAGUUCUUACGUAUUAAGUUAUAGCAAUAAAUAAAUAUGCCAAAAUUUUAAGUCCAGUUCUUUUUAAUAUGUAAUUUCGAAUUUGGUAAAACAUUGAAGAAAAAAAUACAUUCCCCAGGUAUAUUUCUGUUACCAUUUACUGCUUUGGAAGUCAGCUGGAACGCUUUCUAGCUUGAACCUUGGUAUAAGUAAUUAAACCAUUUAAUGAGCUAUAUUUUAGUACUCGUUUAAAUGAAUUGAAAUCAGGUUCCUUCUUCCGUAAAACUUUAGUGUUAUACAGACCGCGGGGAAGGGGCUUUUGCCAGGCUCCAAACUUAAGGCUCAUGCUUAAUGAGUACCAAGCUUAGCAAUCUUCCUAAAACUUGUCUGGAAACAUUUGUCCCCAAUGUCAAAGUGUCCGCUGCCACCGAUUGUUGACAGCCAUAUUUUGCAAAAUUUGGAAUUUCACUUUAAUGCGUUUCUUUCUUUUUUUCUAGAUUUUCUGAUUGGCGUAAAUGAUAAAAAAUUGUUAAAGAGAAAAUUGUAAAAAUGCAAUCAAGGUUUUUGAAGAAAAUUAAUGUACAGAAGUGUUGAGAUAAUUUUCCAAGAAUGUUCAUUUCCCUCUGAAUUUUAUUGCUGGCACAUUAAGUUUGCUUUCAGAAUAUUCUUCUACACACAAAUAAGCAAAACAAAUACAUUUAACUUGUUCAAAAUCAAUUAAACGGUGAAAAUGUAUUCUUCAAAUAUCCUAAGGGUGUCUAUUUAAGAUCUGCAAUUCAGGUACAGUGUUCAGUUAGUUUUAUUUGAAUUGACAACAAGAUAGACUCUAGAUCUGUAAUAUCGGUAAGGCUUAUCGCUACGAAAUUUUUAGAAAUAUUCUUUAGUGGGACAAGUGUCUUCAGCCUUCCCUUAAUGACACGAUAGUUGAGUUGAAUUCAAACACUCCAUCGACGAAACUGGAUUGAAAUGCUCUCAUUUCUUACAGAUGCAUGCCCGAUUGAAAGUUCCAGUUCCUCCUGUUCAUCAUCCUGUCACUUCUGUUGUUAAGGGCAUUAAUCAGUGUCAGCCUACUUCGCAAUUUAAUCAGACACCUUCCCAUUUAAGUGUUUUCUAUUAUAUUCAAGCUGAAGUCACACUACAUAAUUUUGUCGGUCAGUUUAUCUCAAGAUGUUAGAUAUGUUGAGCACUUUAUUAUGACCAAAUUAUCUGGUCUAGCUAUAUUAUCAUAUGCGGUUUUUGAGUUAUAGGGGGCGUGCUUCUAACCCCCCACCCCCCCCAGCUUAAUAGCAGACACCUGAUUAAGUAACAUCAUAUGGCAAAAACGGCUUCAAAUUUCUAAAAUAUGAUUUUUUAUUUCAUUGCUACAGAACUGGAUGGCUUAUACAAACCUCAGUAUUGGAAACUUCACAUUAACUGACAGCCUCCUAUUUACGAAUUAUAACUUGUUAUCUCAGCAAGCUAACCUUUUGCCAGGUACGAAAGUAAAUUGUUAUGUUGGUAAAUGGCCGGAGCACUUAAAUUUAUUUCCAUUAAAAAAUUAGAAGACAGGAUGAUGUUCCUUUUUAACAGAACCAAUAAACAACUAAUCCUUAAGUUGUUCUAAAUAUUCUGCAUUGUGUGUUAAUUCAUGGUCAAGAGUAGUCUGCGAAACAAGUCGAAACUUGCUUGUUUAAGUCUUUUGUUCAUUUUAUUUAUAAUUCUCAUGUUUUGCCAUUUAUCUUGAAUAAAAAAGUUGUUUGUAACAAGCUAUAUCUUUCUUUGACAGCAUAUCAACUUUACAGAUGAAUUCUAUGCUCCUCCUGUGGUGAUAGUGACGGCAAAACGCAUCAAUAACGAUUCGCGUUUGUCUGGAUGUAACACAAUCACCGCUUGGGUCGAGGUAAAAUUGUUUUACAAACUUGCAGAUAGCAAAAGAUUAAUUUAACGUUGAAUCUUAAUACAUAUGAUCAAUCCAUGCAGUGAUAAAAGAAAAGAAAUCCCAGAUUGACAAGAAAGACAGAAAGUGUAAGAAAAUCUUUCCACAAAAUUUAACGCCACGCUAGUAUCUGUUAUUAGUGGUUUUCACGUGACGUCAUCAAAAUGAAUACAAAUUCAUCAGUUAUAGAGCAGCAUGACCCAUAUUUUUACAAACUGUCUGUUCGAAAGGGCUCUUUAUAGUUUUGACAGUGAUAAACUACGCUGUUAAUUUAUAACUUUUUGCGUGACGCGGCAUUUGAAGGAUCUGGAAGGGCCUAGAAAACUGUGUUUUGGGUUAGAAAAUUGUCUCCUUUUUUUAAGAUUGUGCCAUCCCAAACACAAACAUUUUUGUUGGUUUCUGACCGCUAUAUUGGUGCCCCUCUGAGGAACAACAACAUCAAGUUCUGUAAAUUUGGGGAAAAAAUUGUAUCAGUAUUUCCGCAUAACAGGAAAUAUCACAAAGGCCUGAGUCUUUGCAAAGGUUUUUUGAAUAUAUUUAUUUAUCUUCUUUCAUUUCCCAGAUUCUGGACUUUCUUUAUCACACAGAAUCGAUUUCCAUUUUUGAUGGAGUGACAGUGAUAACCGGUUCAAAGGAAUUGGAGGAUGAAUAAAAUGUUCAAACCAAAACAAUUUUUUUUUUAGCAGCUACGAGUCCUCUUACUGAUUCCUAAACAUUCAAACAACUUUUUAUAUCUGUGGUUAACUGUGCAGUUUUCGUCAAAGUUUCUCAACACCUUUACGUUUUGAUCGUUUGUUUAGUAAAAUUUUCAACACUGCUUUGGAGUAAUAAUGUUAUUAGCAGUCUCGAUUUUCUACCCUUAGUACACUUCCACCGCAAAAACAGAGAUUUGUGUUCGAGUCUAUGAAACCAAGAGCAAGGAUACCAUAAAAGUCGAUUAUCUGAUUACUGGAGGUAGGUAUAUCACCCAGUAAUGUAAUAAUCGGCCACUAAUGUAUUACUAACCACUAAUGUAAUAAAAAAAGUUAACCACUAAUGUGGUAACAUUCUAACCUUUAAUGUAAUAAAAAACGUAACCACUAAUGUGAUAACUUUGCGACCAUUCAUGAAACAAACUCAAAGAAGAUCAUAUGGUGCACGGCAAAAAAAAAAUAAUAAUCAUACGACCUCCUGCUUUGAUGUCAGUCAAGUAAUGCCGUUUCAGCGCAAUAAGUCAUGUAGGACUUGUUCCAUACACUUGUCCCCUUUUACUUGAAGAAUUUAAAAUCUACUUCUCUUGAAUUAUUUCUUAGCUAAUUUAGGCUCUAGUUUUAAGACUAAUAUUGUCACUUUGUCUCGUUAACACUAACAGAUCCUUUAGACAGAAGAUUGGUGUUUAAUUUAUAAGCGUCAGCUCAACAUGAAUUCCCGAUAACAAGAAUGAUAGCAUCGAUCAUUCACCUCACUGUUUUUCUCUUUCUCUCCCUCGCCAUGUUCGGUAAAACUUCGUUGAAAUUAAUGUAAAAGCAAAAAAACAGCAACAACAACAAAACAACAAUCAAGCCCUACUCUAGAUUAAUACUCUUAUAGACCAAAUCCAAAUCUCGGUAUCAGCACUUUCCGUUAGAUAUAUUAUGCACACAAAAUUAAUGAUAAUCAGGCAUCUUUUGUUUUACACAGACCUGGAUCCUUGUAUAGAUGGCGUUCACUGUGAUUAUCAUGGUCUAUGCAAAGCUUUUGGACCAUACGAUGCCCGCUGUGUGUGUAUAGACAGUUGCCCAUCUUAUCAAGAGCCUAUCUGUUCUUCUAACGGAACGACGUAUGACAACAAGUGUCUCUUUAAGCAGGAAAUGUGUUUGUUACAGCUGAACUUUACUGUGCAGCAUCCUGGAAGCUGUGAAGGUAUCAGUGAUCUCGUAAUUUAUGGUGUCAAUUGCCAUUUAAUUCAAUCACCCAAAUUAACAACCCCGAAAUAAAGAAAGGUCAAAGAGUCUUCACUAACAACGUAUCGAUAUCACAUCUUCUGAAUCUCUAUCAUCAGCACCAGUUGAAAAUCGUUUUAAAGGUAUAAACUGGUCAUUAAAGCGAAGCUGAUCUCUGAACAUAUUUCUAUAGCAAAAGCACGGAGGAAAUCUUACCGUGACACGAUUUAAUUGAAGCAAAAAAAUUUGUCGUUUUAGUAACGUAAAAUGUGAAAAACUGAGGUCAUUUAGUAAGGUGAACAGUUUAUGACUUAAAAAAAAUAUAUAAUCUUGUCUAAAGAGGAGCUCGAGACAAAUCGCCUCAUGAUAACUCGAACUCUCCCAUUCUUUUGUUUUUUUUUUCUUUACCUUUGCGUUUUUGUACUACUUUGCAGGGUUCCCAUUUCAGCGUGACCGGCGUCACAUGCCUCAUAUACCUUCCUUGGGAUACUCUCACUGUGAAGUAAUUGGUUUCCGACCGUUUGUGUUCUACCCUGAUAAACCCGUUCAAGUGCAGGUAACUGUCAAUCACAUCGAUACAAGGGACAUGAAUUACGUCCACGAUGCUGCCGUGUCGUGGAUUGAAGAUGUGACCUACGAACAAUUCACUGCGUGCGUGAUGGCGGCUGGUUUCAACGAGCGCAGGUCCCGUGCUAAUGUGUCCAUAGACUGGAUAGCUUAUCAAGGAACCCCAGAAGGUGGGGUCAGUGGAGAGGUGCGCAUGUCACAGUGGUGGACUGGAACAACAUGCAAGACAGUGCGUUUUCCUUCAGUAAGCGAUUUUUUCCACUUCUCUAAAAUGUACUUUUACUUCAUUUAUUAUUACCUUGGUUUGUUAAAGUUUUGCCCGGUUGCACUGAAUGACAAGGGAGAAAAAGGGUGAUUUACGCGCAAAAAGUAUAGUUUUAUACCUACGUUUUAGCGACGACGGCAAACCUCCCUGAAUUUCGUCGUCGACGAAGGCUGGACGACGUUUUGACAACUUUACGCAUGGCCUGGUUCGCGCAGCAAAAAUUCACUUCAAUUCCUGUCGGCGUCGUCGUCCCAUUUCGUCGUCGAUGCUUAAGGUCCCUAAUUACUAUAGUUCUACAUCCAAGUUGGCCAAGGCCUAAAUGUAAUAAAGUCCUAAACGUAAUAAUAUUUUGUCCUAAAUGUAAUAACAACUUGCCAAUUAACAUCUGCACAGUAAUUUCUCGAAUAAGCGCCGCAUUUGGGGGCGAGGAAGUUUAAUAAUCGCUGCGGCGCUUAGUCGCGUAAAUACGGUACUAAGCGGUAUUAUUAUGGUAUUAAGCACUGCCCUCAAAUAAGCGCCGUGAGGUUAAUUAGCGUAAAUUCGGUACAUUUCUUUAUGCACUGUGGAAUAGCUCUAAAUGCGAAGUUUAUCCGUUCCACGCAAACGAAACCCGAGUCUAUUUCGACUAUAAAAUUGAAUUGGAUUUGAUGCUCUGUCUCCUGUAACCUCGCAAAAAGAUUUUGGAGUAACGGUUACUGGUGACCUUACGUGGAACCAGUACAUAAACAAUGUUAUCUCAUAAGUACAGUGUUGCUGAACAUUAGGAUUUCUUCGAAGACACACCUGCCGCGAUUUGGACACUGACAGACGCCAGAAGACUUUUGUACCUUGCAUUCGACAGAUCUCCCCUGAAUUGUGCUGGUGAGAUCUGGGCACCUCAGUCUAUAGGAAACAUCUCUAAAGUUGAAAGUCUUCAAUGAAGAGCUACAAAAUUUAUGUUAAACUUGAGUUGAACGGAUUCUACCAGCUACCAGGACAGGCUUAUUAAACUGAACCUCUGGCCUAUUCUUUUGUUUAUGAAAUCAAUGAUCUUCUUUUCAAUUCUACUUCAGAUGCCUAUAUUAGGUCACGACAGUAUCUGUCAUAUUGAUUUUGUACAGCGGCUUAGUUUCAGAUUUGUCAAUUUCUAAGUGCCGCACUACAGUGUUUUAAACUGGUUAUUUCAAUCGUUUACCUAUUAGUUAUGGAAUUAUCUACCAGCAUCUAUCUGCUCUGUUUUAAUCUCAAUAAAUACAAAUUCGUCAAGUCCCUGAGCUCCAUGGACACCAACAGAGUGCCUUCGCUAAACUUUACGACGUCUUUGAAGUAAUAUAUGCUGUUACUAGAGUUACAAUUAAUGUCUUUUUAACACUCAUGAUAUUUUUUAGCCUUCUUAGUAAAUAAACAUUUAUUUUUAGCUGUUUAUUGUGGAUAAUUUAAUAGAUUUAGUGUACUUAUCUCGUCAUUUACGAAAAUAAUUGUUUCUUAAAUGCGCACUUAAACUGAAGCCUCGCUCUGUUGUGUCACCCUCGCCAUUGGUUUUGUUUUCGCUUGGUAGAAUUUUUACUUAUUUAUUUAUUUAUUUAUGUUUGUUUUGUAAAAGGAUCAAAUGCUGCACUACAAUACGUCAACAUACACACACAAAAAUAAAAGUCUCGCUUCGGCAAUAUACACACCAUGUUAGAGGGUGUGCUCACAGUUCGGUUCAUGGUACAUCCAAUUCAAAACUAACAGACAGGUACUUUUUUUAUUAUACGGUCAUAACACAUGAAAACCGGACAACUGUUUUUAAAGUACACAUGCAGACAAAAUACAGAUGUGUGGACCUCAAUUCCCAAUUUAAACGUAGUGCCUUCGUGUUUUAAGCUAAUCCUAUGAGACGUUACCUGCUUGAAGAAAAACUAGAACGAGACGCCUUUUUCACUUUGUCUUUGUUACUACCUAGCAAGGAAGUGUUUUAAUUGAUUAUUAUAAAAUAAGUUAUUUAAAAUGUUAUAGAUUUAAACUUUUAUUCACAACAUGGCUUGCUUAGAAAAGUUGAUACAAGUAAUUUUGUCUGUGUGGGUUUAGUUUCCAAAGGAGCCUUCAGUUUUUGUGACCGUUGCACAUCACCAUGCCGGACUGAAGAGAGACGCCGCCAGUAUUUGGUUGGAGGAUAUCACGCGAUCUUCCUUUAAAAUAUGUUUAAGAGAACUGCAAAAUUACGCGGGCUCACAUGAGGACAUCUAUGUUGUAUGUAGCAUACUUCAUUUUUUGCCUUUUUACGUCCUUUCUCAGCAUUAUAUUUGUUGCGCGUUGAAUUGUCCCAAAUUACAUAAUGUAGCGAGUUUUCUCUUUCUUUCCAUUUUCCUUUUCUUUUCUUUUUCUUUUCUUUUCUUUUUCUUUUUCUUUUUUUUCUCUUUUCGUAGAACUGGUUGGCUUUUUCGUCACUUGACAAGCCCAUGUUCUCAGAACACAGUUCAGUUUAUUUUGCAAACUCUCAGAAGCCCGCAGUCUGGAAUAAUAACGCAUUCUGCAAGGUCAGUAUAAAAAGUAUCUCGCUUAGCUUUAUUUUUUGUCACGUUUUCACCAUACGUUAAUUUGACGGCUCUUUUCAUCGAUUUUGAAAUUCAUUGUAUGUUCUUUUAUUAGGAUAUUUCCUUUACCAAAUUGUACAAGAAUGCCCCAAGUGUAUUUGUAUCAGCGAAUCACACCUCUAGUGGGGGAGGUCAGGAUCCAAUGCACAACUCCAUAACCGCUUGGGUUGAGGUGAGUCAGUGACUGCUAAAACUUGGACAUGUAGAACGGUAUCGUGAGCUUGUGAUCCUUGUUGAGCUUGCUUUCAUGGCAGUAAACUAAUAGUGAUUAUAAUGUGUAGGAAAUGGUUCGGUGAUAAAAAGACGUGCUAAAAAAUGAUUGAACUAACAUGGCUCCACACAUGUUUCCUUGCAUCUAAAGUUACGUUUUCCUUAAUUUACGUCAUAGUUCCUUAAUUUGCGUCAUAUCUUCUUUGUUCCCGGGGGAUUUCAGUGGACUAAGACCAAUGGUGUGUCAAAAUGGCCUCAACUUUGAACAUUUAAGAGCAGAAUCUAUAAAACAAACAACGUUGUGUUCGCGUCGCAAAAUUUUUCCGCAGACGAUCGAGGUUCUCGCAGUAAUGUAUACUUUCAAAUAAUAAUAAUAAUAAUAAUAAUAAUAAUAAUAAUAAUUGUUAGGUUAAGAGCACUUAAACCAGUUUCAAUGACGUAAUGACUUAACUCAGUGCUUUAAAAGUCGAUAGAACUGUAUUUUAAGGUACCAACAGUAAUCAGAAGCAAAUUAAUUUUUUGUCUAGACUAAGACAUGAUAAUUUAGGAUUGGUGAAUUAAAACAUGUACAAAUGAUCAUCUGUUUUUGUUCAUUUUGUUUUAUUUAUUUUAUUUUGAAUUUUUAGUACAUCAAUACAACAGGGGCGCGAUUGUGUACAAAGGAAUUGUACGACUCAAAGUACGACCCUCUCUCCGUAUCAUAUACUGUCUUGUCAGGUAAAGGGCGACAUCCUUAUUAGACUAGGAACUCUUUUACAUAGAUACAGCUAACUUAAUAUUAACCAACAAUAUUAACCUGAAAGGCGGUGCUUAAGGUAAUCCUAAGCCGGUUUAUUCCAGCACCCAUUAAAGCGUGGAUGACAUUGCAAGAGUGGAUUUCUUUUAAGACGCCUCGGUGCGAGUUGCCGUUGUGAAGCACUUUUUUAACUUGAUGCGCAUUAAUUAGUACACUUUAUAUACUGUUAGUAUGAUUUCAUGCAGUUUUUAAGUGUCUCUAGCUUAUUAAAUGUAGGCACUCGAUAUAUCUAUGUUUAUCAAACGUAAGGUACAUAGAGUGAUAACUAUCCGAGGUAAUUGGGUAUCUUAAUUCCACAAAUGUUGCAUCUAUUUCCCAGGUAUUUGCCAACCAGGUUGGAGCUAUUUUAGUGGCUACUGUUACUUUACAAGUCGCACUUGUGGCUCGUGGCUCACUGCUGUAUCAAACUGUUCUACGAUGAGUUCCAGUUUGGUAACAGUUCACAACCAGAAUGAAAACGUCUAUAUUCAACACCGUCCCAACGGAGAGAGAUCCUGGAUCGGACUCAAUGACCGAAGUGUGGAGGGCUCUUUUGUGUGGACAAACAAAGAAAUAAAUAGCUUUAGGUUCUGGGCCCCACAGCAACCGAACGACUGGAAAAACGAAGAUUGUGUUCACACUCUUGGCGCCAAGCAUGGUUACACCUGGAAUGAUGUGCCUUGUCAUAACUGCUAUAACUACACUUGUUUUAAAGGUAUUAGGCAUACCAAGAUCAUUAAUAAUUAUGUUUUAUGAACCUCAGUUAGCAGAUAGUGCCCCAAGACAUUCAACUAUAUUAACUUUGAGUUACAUAUUAAAUGAUUCAACAAACAUGAGCUCAGGGCAAGCUUUGUAAGAUCCUUUUUGCGAGUCACGUUUAUCCCAUAUGUUAUUUUCUCUCGACAGUUAGUUACACAGCUAUAUACAAAAGAAAGGAAUUCUUAACUUUUAAGACAGGAUAAGAGUAAAGAGUGUUUAAUCUCUUCACUAUGUGAUUUUCCCUUUUAGACUUGGAUGAAUGUACCACUGGUUCCCAUUCCUGUGACGUCAAUUCCGUUUGCCAGAAUAACGCGGGUUCAUACACAUGCUCGUGUAAUGCCGGGUACACAGGAGAUGGAAAAACCUGCAAUGGUAUAUUUAUAGAUAAUAAGUAAACUGAGGCCGCGUCCACACGAAUCCAAAAGCCAAUAAAGGCAGUUCUCAAAAAUAUUCGGUUCGUGUGGGCGGGUUCUGAGAAGGCAAUAAAGUCAAAAAAUGGCUGAAGGGUGCAAUUCCUACGGGGUGUGAAACAAAACCUUAACACUGUCACCUGCCUUGUUUCGCAGAAAAAUAAGAAAAAUGAAUACUUUGACCUUAGCAACCAAGUGUAAACUAUCAGGUAGAUAAUUCAAAACACUUGUGCGUUUUUGAUUGCUUGUUCCCCCAGCUAAUUUUUCAUAGCCAGCUACCUUUAACCAAAUUUGGAAGAUGUUUGCAGAUAUCCUCAGAGAUGGGACUACUAAGACAUCCUCGGAGACCUAGGGGCAGUUAGUUAUGCCGUUUCUCCUGACUCGACUGAGGCCCCUGCUACACGAAUCCGGAAACCGCCUAUUUCUUUACACAACCGUAUUCGUAUUGACGAGGCCUUAAACCUAUCUGGAGCGCGGUUUGAGAAAGAUGCAGCUUCGGUGAAAGGAUUCAUAGGUUUCAUGUGGACGAAAGGCCGGUUCGUGUUUAAAAAUAUAUAUAUAUUGGCUGUUCCAAAAAAUAUCCGGUUUUGUGUGGAAUCUGGCUUGACUGCCCCUGGGUUCCCAACAAUUUUAACGGUUAAUUAUUCAUCAAAAAAAAGAAUAGCCGAAGGCUUGGUAGUUCGGUUUUGGUAAUGCUGGAGAAAAUGGCGAAGAAAAAAAAAAAAAAAGAACCGAACUACUCCCUAACGGCAAAGCAAAACAGCAAACAUACCACUCGACCGAUGACAGCUGCCCAUGAAGAUAAAUAUUUUCCGGCUAGACUAAACUUGCCCUUAUAUCCUGAAUUUUCCGAGGAAGAGGCAAAUGUUAUGCAGACGAAACUUUACAUCGAUGAAGAAAAGCAUGAUUUAAAGUUUUGAAAUACCUUCAAUUAAUAAAAAAGUGUUUGAUUCUGCUUUGUGUGAUAUGAAGAAUUAUGCAGGUCUCGAGGGGGGUGGGGAGGGGAGGGGAAGGGGGUAAGAGUAAGGAAGCCGAAUCCAAUAACUGCUGAAUAAUUGAUCAAAGUUACGCUUAACUGCACUCAGGCAUAUGCAAAAUCUCUCAUCUUUACGCCAAGCUUCACUACAUCUUCCCAGAUAUCGACGAGUGUUCUUCCAACGCCCAUAGCUGUGGCGUCAAUGCGGUGUGUAACAAUACUGUUGGAUCGUAUUCAUGCGCAUGUAAAGCAGGAUAUUCAGGAGAUGGAAGAACAUGCACUGGUAAGGCGUUUUGAUCUUUUUCUAAAGGUGACAUAGAAGAACGGGAUAUUGUAAAUGACUCCUGUAUAAACUUGUUCAUACUCGAGUACAAACGAAAAAGGUUUUUGGUAGGUCAGACAACAACGAAACCAACAACAGAAACAAUCAUAUACUUUGUUAAAUAGGAAUUAACUCAGAGUACUGGCUGCCUGGUAUAGCCAUUAGACAGCCAUUAGUAGCGAGGCAGCCAGCUGAUAGGAUCAUUAAAUGAAAAUAACCCAUGAAGCCCGAAAGCAGCAGUCUUUCGCGUGCGGGGUCUGGGGCGCUGGUUUCGGAACGAGGAGGGUACGCAGAUGGGACUGUUAUGACUAGGACUAUUAUCAUAGAUUAGGGAGUGCCCGCAAUGGGUAAUAUAUUGUCGAAAAUAGAACCUGAUAGGUGACGUGAAGGCUAAAACGGUGUGUUACGUUUCAUUUUCUGGGUUUAAUUCGCAUUUUGCCUAUUUUGUUCGCUCAUUGUGGAGCGCUGUUUUGUGAGGAGUUUGAAUGGCCUGAGGAAACAGCCGAAACUUCGCGACGUCGCCACUGUUUUCCCCACGAACUGACAUCUGAGAAACGAGCGCAGAAUUUCUAUCCUGAUGACGCGCCACUACCCAGCUGUGAGUAGUGCUACUGAUUAGUUGAAGCAAAUUUUCAGCCAAACAGGUAGUGACGUCAUCAGGAUGUAAUCAUAAAGGAGCUGAGAAGCAUAUUGUGAACUUUGAUUUGUUGGGAGUUUUAGUUAAUAAACCCGGUUGGAUAACAGAAUUAGCAGUUUGUGUUUUCUUGUGACAAAGUAUGGGUAAAUAGUAGAGACAGGAUCAAUGCAUUAUUCAAAGUUCUUUUAUCGCGACUCCUAAUUCUUUGGAUAUGUGAAACUUUGGAGAGCUCUUCGCAAAGAAAAAUAAACGUCAACACGAUGCACUUCAGCGCGUCCACGAAAAUUGGCAGUAACCUUUCAAACUCUAGCCUAAGAAAACAGCCGACAUUUCAAGACGCUACAACUGGUUUCCCCUCGAAAUGGCGUUGAAGAAACGAGCUCAGGAACUCCAUCCUAAUUAUGCGUCACUACCUAGAUCUGUUUGGCUGAAAAUUUGCUUCAGCCAAUCAGCAGCACUACUCACAUCUGGGUAGUGACGCGUCAUCAGUAUGGAAAUUCUGCGCUCGUUUCUCAGAAGUAACUUCGUGGGGAAAAAAGUGGUGGCGUCGCAAAAUUCGGCUGUUUUCUCAGGCCAUUCAAACUCUUCACAAAACAGCGCUACAUAAUGAACAAACAAAAUAGGCAAAAUGCGAAACCCAGAAAAUGAAACGUAACACAUCGUUUUAGCCUUCACGUCACCUAUCAGGUUCUAUUUUCGGCGAUAUGCCUGAGUGUGUUAAAUCUCAAUUCUACGAGAGGCAGAUCCAGGAAAAUUGUAUUAUUACUUAUUUCCAAGCUGCCUACCGAGAAACACGUUUUAUUUGGGAAAUUUAAGUGACCUGCACAUGGCUGAGCAGAUGACGCAAUCACUAGACAAAACUUGAUAAAAUAAAUGGCCUAUUAUUAAGUAAUGGUCCGUGUAAGAGGUAGGCGAACGGCAAAAGUGAUUAAAAGGUGCUAACUUUUAAUCAUUAAUUUCAAUUAAAUCAAGCGUUCUGAUUGGCCGAAAUCCAAAAAUCGCCAAGCUUUAUUUUCCCCAUUCCCCUGUCUUAUACCUCACGGCCAAGUUUCAGCAUUGUUCUAUGCGCCAAUCAAAAGUUAGAGCGGAAAACGUGCAACACACGCGCGACUUUGUUGUGACCCCAUCUUAGUGUGACACUUAAGAUGUUAGGAAAUUUGUCUUUUACCCGAAGAAAUCUCGUCAAUUUCUUCGUGAAAAGUCUGCAUUUUUUCUUUAUUGAAUAUUUUAUCUCAAAUUUACUGUAUUUUAUCAUCGGAGUGAUCGUCAAAAUGCUCUUAAACAUGGUUUGCUGCCGUCCUCAACAUGCCGAGUCGCCAUGUGGAAAUUUGGGCCCGGCGUAGUUGUUUUCGUUGUCAGGCCGGAUCAGGAGGAGAUCGGAAUAAUUGUGGCACUAGAAAUUGGAGUAUAGCUGGGCAUAACAGGAGAAAGCGAAAGAUUUGUUGUUUUUUCAAGGAUGAAUUUAUUUCUCGAAGAGAUGUAGAACACUUGAGGUUGAGGUAAGCUGAAUUCAAUAGAUUUUCGCACCUCCGCGCGCAUUGUGUGUUAUACAUGUGUUUGCCCUUUUCGAAUCUUCCAUGUUCCGUGUAUCUUUACCCAUCUCUCAUUCGAUUUUUUUUCUCUCUAGACUGCUUUAUCAAGCGAAAUGGAAGUUCGCCGUGGACCUUAAGUUAAAAUGAGCGAAUUGAAAUUUGUGACACGUUUGCAUUUUGUACCGGCUUUGAGUUCUGAGACGAAGAAUACCGAGACGGAAGCCGCUUAGGUAUCAUAAAUAGCAGUCACUGGUGUUUGAGUUUCUCUUGGUACGGAAGAUCUAGCGAGCAUGACUGUAGCUUGCCUUUAUUUUUUCCAAGGACGAGAGAGAUUGUAAGAAGGAUUUUUAUAGAGUAAUAUCAAAACCAUGAAAACAGAUAAAACUGUAGGAGAGCUUUUUCUGAAACCCAAUGAUCCGAACAUGCAGGAAUUUUUUCUAUCUGGGCAACAUCAUCUUUUUUUCCAAAAGUAGAACAUUUAGAUAACAUUUAGAUUUGAUUUUGUGUACUUGUUGUUGUUCUGUAUGGUGGCCGAAUAUGAACGCGCGACAUUGGCGCGUUCGCCUGAUUCGCCACGUGAGAGUGAAUUGCUGCUGUUUACGAUCAUGGUUUUGACAUUUCUUUUGUGAGAGCCGACGUAAAUGUUGUUCCCAACGUCGCCGAUUGAUGUAACACUGUGCUCAUCUUCGUGUAAUUUCAUAUCAGUUUAACUUCCUCGGGUUUGGCGCAUAGAAAUCUUUUAAAUUUUAGUUAUGUUAUAUUUUUCGACAUAACAAAGCAAUAGACGAAAUAAAAAGUUGUUCGAAUGAGUCUUAAGCUAUCUUAAUUCAACUUUAAAAUUCAAAUUUCGCGCUUUUCGCUGUAUUGACCAAUCAGAGCAUUCAGAUUUAAUUUGAUUAGAGAAAUAAGCGCCUGAUAAAUAACUGACGCUAUUGCCGCGGGCUAUUGCUUUUCUGCCUGCUUCUUAGCUGGACCAUUACUUAAAAGUCAUCCCUCGAAAUAAAGCACGCGCUUAUCAUGUGACUAUUUCAUUUUCAUUUGGUCCUUGUUUGCAUAUAGUGAAAGUACGUAUCGCCUCAAUUCAAGGGAAUUUCUAGUCGCAUGCUUUCAGACUCUUCGUCUUCACCAAAAAGUGUUCAGUUCUGAUUGGUUCCAAUAGAAUUUCUUUGCCUUACUUAAGUACGUUCACAGCUCUACAACGAAAGGGAAACGUUUUUGCGACGAAAAGUCCUGAAAAUACUAUUUUCAGAUACGCAACGAAAGAAAAACGCACGUGACGCACCCACGAGAAUUGAUUGGCUGCAAAGGCUGAGAGAGCGCAAUGGACACAAGUCCCUGCAAAAAAUAUAUCUGGGAGCGCCAUUUUAGUAACCAUAGGAAUGUUAGGAAGGUCAAAAUGUCCUGGCUAGAUCGUCUACGGGGCACCCAAAAAAGAGAAACAGCCAACCACACACAAGAUCGGGGGGUUGCAUUCUAGUCAAGCGCAAACAUGCUACGGAAAAAUAGAUUUAGUUUAGAAAAAAAAAUGAGAUGUUAUUGUCGUCGUUCCUUUUUCCAUGAAAUUAAAACUUGUCAAGACAGUGCAAACUCAAACAAUGUAAGUGCAAUGGUUAUUGUCCAGUAAGUGCAACGAUUGUUGAAACCCGUUUUUGAUCAAGCUUACCGGUAUGUUAUUUCAGUCUGUUUCCUUUGUCUCCUGCUACCUCUUUGCUAACAAAAUGGGCGUGAUUAUACUUAUUGUUAUUUUGUUUAUUUCCAGAUAUUGACGAGUGUGCUAGCGGUACUGAUGACUGUCACAGUUCACGUGCUUUUUGUACAAACACAGUGGGAUCCUUUAAUUGUUCAUGUAACAGUUCUUACAUUGGAGAUGGCAGAACUUGCAAUAUACCAUCAGGUAAUUAGGAAAAGUAGGAAGAUUUUCAUUUACCAAACCCGUACACUAGUGAGUGAUGCACCUUGCGCUGACCUUGGCUGCUUGAACGAGGUUUUACGUUUAAAAUUCAUUGGCCGGUUUAAACGGAAAGCUUUUGAGACCUUCGACCACUUUGUGGUCACGGGAAAUACCCUUGUUUGUUAAUGAAGUCCUGCAGGGAACGGCCUUGAGAGGGCACAGUAUUCGGCUCGACUUGUGGGCAAGUCUACUUUAGUGCAAUUUAUACUGUUAUUUUAAGGGGAGUUGACUUUCUCAAGUUUGCUAAUUAACUGCGAUAACAGUCACUAUCUCUAUGAAAAACCGAACAACAAUAACGAGGCGAAUUAUAAGAUUUAAUUACCUAUAAUAUUAGGAAAUACACUUGAAUAAGUUUCUGAGCCAGAAGUACACGAACAAUGAAAUAAUCGUUGUGUGUGUGUGUGUGUUUUUUUUUUUAUUUUCCUGUCUUUGUUCAUUUCCGUUUUGAUGGUAGUCUUAUGGAGUCUUUCGAGCUGUAUUCUUGAUUUCGGUUCUGUAGAGACGUAUUGUAGAGACACAGCAUAGUGCCCGCCAAACAAAUCUUCUGAGCAACAGGGUAGGAUAAUGAAGACCCUGCUACGCGUCCUUUCGUCACUGGUCAAAUAAUGGAUUCAACGAUCGACUUUUUUGCUUUGUUAUACAGUAUUUUGUUUUUCUUUGUUUGUUUUUACCCUUACGUAAAUUUUAGCUACUUGCAAAAAAAAAAAAUAGCUCAAAUGGCUAAUUAUUGCUUACGUCAUGAUGCCGAGCAAGAUGGGAAUAGCUGAACCUUAAGCUGUAUCGGGCAUCCUUGCUCAAUGCGUUUAGAAACUACGUUUUCAUUAUAAGUGACCUUGUAUAAAUAUACUAUAGUGGUUAUGCAGAGUGCUAUAAGAAAAGACCUUUCAGUCAACAGUCUUUUGACAAUAGAACUGGCCCAGAAAAAAAUCUCAAAGUAGCGAAUCUUUGUUUGCAAAAGGCUUAUAAUCAAUUGUUAGUUGCCAGAACGUUUUUGUAAAUGUCAGUAUUGAAUGAUUGAAUUAGCUUCAUGAUUACAAAAUUGAUAUCGUUACCUGUAAUUACUCGGCAAAGCUAAAGGCGGUAUUUGCAUCCAUGUAUUCCUGUAUCAAAAUUUAACGUCGUAUGCAACAGAGAUAACUCAUCAGUUUACUAGCGCAAGUUAUGACGAUGCCUAACAUAUACUGCUGAUGGGCUGAUGGGCAAUAGUGUUUUCUUCCUGUGUUGUUGUUGGUCAACAGUGAGGAUGUGGUUGGGGAAUUUAGAACAUGAAAAGUUCUCCUCUUUUACCUCGAGCUCGCCCCGUGUAAGGGAAUGCGGAUUCCGGAAUCCAAGAAAUUUUUGCUGGUGGAAUCCAGAAUCUGGGAAAUUGCUUGUGGAAUCCACAAUCCUAGGCUUUGGAAUCCGUAAUCCUUCUAAAGAUUUAAAUCCAGAACCCAAGUGCCAUUGACAAAGACUGGAAUCCAGUACCUGGAAUCCGGAAUUCAUGGCGUGGAAUCCAGAAUCCAAGACUGUCUUGGAUUCCCUUACAUGGGACGAUCGAGCUGAUGUACAACUAAAUGAAACGUUGCUAGUGACUGAUGUUCUUUCUCCUCUUUUGUGUCAGAAUGUCAGAACUACGGGAUUCUCAACAGCGGAAGCCGAAGGACUUCGUAUAGGAGAUACUACUACUAUAAUUAUUAUUGUGAUAGCAGUCUUGGCCCCGGAUGGUUCCGUUUCCAGGGGUCUGCCGGCACAAGAAUGGCAGCAUCAUGUACAUCUUACGAUAGUUGUGGUACCUAUUAUACCGGCUGGCUAAGUGGAGGACACCCCACCGUAGCGGACGGUCAGGUCACCAGGACGGUGUGUUUUAGCAGUGGUUACCGCUGCUGUUAUUACUCAACAAGUAUCAAAGUGAGAAAUUGUGGUUCAUAUUAUGUGUACUACCUUAGUGGUACACCUACUUGUAAUCUCCGUUACUGUGGCACUAACUAGACGGAAAUGCAAACAAAGUCUAUAUGUAAACAUAUUCUAUCAUUUCACUAAAGUAGGCUUUAUUGUAAAAGCAAUUAAGCAUCUAAAAAGAGACCCUACUAACACUGUAACUUCAAUAUCAAUAUCUGUUUAUAAUAACUUUAGCAAAGAAAGAAAAAGUGAGAUAGGACGACGUACUACUUUUAAGCCAUUUUGCAGAUUAUAAUGCCUAUAACGCAGACAUUUUUAUUAUGUAAUGGCGAUCUAAUUUAUAAUGACACUCUUCACAGAAGGUUUCACAAAUGACUUAAAUCAGGCGGGUUACAAAACUUCUUGAUGCAACUAGCAUUAACACAUCUCUCAAAAAAAAUGUCUAACUCGGAACCAGUCCUUCCGCGGCGUGAGACUUGGUCCGCUUGCAUGCAAAUUUUGAUCAAAAACAAG